AUGCCUAGUGGCUCUAUCGCUGAGCACGCGUCGGACGAGGAAUAUAAGCGGAAAGUCGAACACUCGGUUGAGCCCGUUGUGGUCACUUUCCUUUCCCCAUUGGACGAUAAGUGCAAUGCUGUCGCCUCGGGCAUUGCCGAGCUUAGUCACGAGUUCACAACCAUCAAGUUCUACGAAGUCGACGUCAGAAAGCACGCUAUGCUCUCCAGAGCCCUUUCCAUCACAGAAUUGCCCAUCGUCGUCUUUGUCAAAAACGGCACAAAGUUUUUGACCCUAACCGCAGAUGUUUCCCUUCCAAGUAUUCGGGAAGGCCUCCAAGCGCUCCAGAUGGCGUCUCAUUAA